UUAAUACUCGUAAUUAUCAUACAAACAUUCGGUGUGACAGGGAGUAAACUUUAGUUGGGUGGAACCAAACACCCCCUUAAUGUUAGGGCAUGCUUGGACUGAACUUUUUUUGGGGGAGUGACUACCAAAUUUUAUAUCUGAGUAGCCAAAAACCGGAUGUGGAAACAUGACAGGCCUUUCUGUCUCUUUUUAUGGAUGUCACUGCUUCUGAUCUCAGUCAUACCUAUCAGAAGUUCAGGCCAGUGGUUUCACCUUUACCAGUACCACUGAAGUAUCAUAUAAUAGCUGCAGUUGUUUCUGCUAACUUAAUCCAAAGGUAAUUUUGCAUUCCGGUUCUAAAAUUGCUUGUGAUCUCAACAUCACAUGAAAAAGCAUCAAAUUGUAAUGAGCUAAGCAGGGCAUAAGCUGUUAAGCUUGAUUCCCAGUCUUGUUAUUAUAUUGAAUUGCUAAAGUUGCAGGUUAAAUCUAAUUUACAGUGAAAUACUUGACUAGAUAAUCGGACAACUGCGUUUGUUCUAAAUUAUGGGUCUCACUGUCUCUUUCCAAGGUGACAUAGAUCAUGAGAUUUAAAAUGUGGACCUGCUUAUACAUCUUGAUGCUUAAUAUGUGCUGUAUUAUUGGUCUAUUUUCAGUUAAACAUUGAGCCACUGUGUGCAUCGUGUUAUGCAUGUCAUAUCUUUGUGAUGCUCUUUAUGCACCAUACUAUUGUAAUUUGUAAAUGCCUUCCUUUCCAAUUGAGAAGCUUUGUCUCACUGCAAAAUGCUGGGGUAAGGCUUGCCUCGGUUAUUCCUUACCCAAACCCUACUGGGUCUGUCCUUCCUUUCCAAUUGAUGGCAGAAAGUUAUCAUCUAGUUGACCAAUGGACUUCAGUAAUAAUAAGCUACAGAGAUCCAAAGAAUGAAAUGAGUCUUGUUAUGUAUGUUUGCAAUCCAUAAUAAAGUAUGGUCUUACGGUAUAUACUCACUUAUCAGCUCUCGUUUUGUGCAGACCGUUCCAGUUAACCCAAAACCUUUUCUGAACAACCUGACAGGAAAGCCUGUUAUUGUCAAACUCAAGUGGGGUAUGGAGUACAAGGGUUAUCUUGCUUCUGUGGACUCAUAUAUGAAUCUCCAGCUUGCCAACACUGAGGAGUACAUUGAUGGUCAAUUCUCUGGAAACCUGGGAGAGAUUCUGAUCAGGUGCAACAACGUCAUGUAUCUCCGAGGCGUUCCAGAGGAUGCAGAGAUAGAGGACGCAGAGUGAGAAGAUGCGAUCAAUGUUAGAUUGAUAAAUGUAAUAUGGUUCUGACAUCUAUGUUCGAAUAUGCCGGUGACAAGUAGAUCUAUCGGAUCGCUUUGUUCUCUUGAGUGAUGAAACAUGAUGGCGUCGGGCCAAGGGUGAAGCUGCUUUCAGUUAGACUAUGCUGUCAUUCUGCUGAAUGUAUAUCAGAUUUCUUGAACAAUUCUUCUUGCCUCAUUGCCUACUAUCACGGAUUAAGUUAUAUCAGGGAAAAAUGACCGGCUCUUUUUUUUUCCCGUUGAGAAAA